AUGCGAGCCUCGAUCCGGUCCUAUGUCCAGCGCCGACUGUCCAAACACUCCAUCGACAAAGAGAAGUCCAAGCGGCCUCCGCGUCCAGCAACCGCCCCGUCGGACUAUAUCCACCGAUAUUCCUCCGCCACUCGAGUCCCCUCCAGCAACUACACGAACUACUCGGAUCGCGGGAGCGUCGGACCACAACAACACUCCCUCGACCUCGACGACCAGACGAAACGGUUCUCCAUCUCCACACGAUCCAGCGUUGGCUCCCAGGCUCGUCCCCCUCAACCCAUCGCCUUCCACCGAAAGAAGCAACUCGCGGUGCCUAUUACCCCAUACCAGAGGCACGGAGCUGCGAUUUGGGAGAAGCCCGCACGGGAGAGGCGCAUUAGUUACCGACAACGGGACCAUGUGCGGUUCCCGCGAUAUACCCAAAACAAGGCUCCGUCCUCGCGGACAGGUCACAAGACAACCCCGUCCACGGCCCCCGCCAGACCGGCGCGCCUGCGGUUGCAGAAGAACACGCGUGAAUGCGUGAGGGCCUUGCACAGCGGAACGAGCAAUGUCCUGCUCGCUCUGGACGAGGCCCGACAGAAGAUGGUUCGCGCCCGCGUUGACCGGCGACGAAAGCGUCUGAAGGAGAAAAUCCGCUUGAUCGGACCGGUGAACCCUUACACUACCUAUGGGCGAGUUGAUCCUUGGGUGUGA